GCGAGGCUGAAGCACGGGUGUGAGAGGCAGCCAGGAGUGAUUUGAGGAAGGAGAACUCAGCAGAGGUCUGGCCUGGGCAGGUGAUGUUAAUACGUUUGCAUUUCAAACACCCAUCCUUGGCCAGGGUGUGGAGAAUUGAUUGGAAGGAGGCAGGGGAGGAUGUGGGGUACCAGGUAGAAGGCUGGUUGAGCUGUCCAAGAACGGGAGGCUGGUGGUACAGACAGUGAAGUGGAUGGCUGGGGAGAUUUUUAAGAGGUGCAACAGGACUUAGCGAUGAGCGUGGUGCAUACAUGCAUCUGUACACAUGUGGUGGGCUGGUGGCACCAGGCCAGGGCAUGACAGGUGAGCCUGGGCCCGCUAGAGGCCUUGCCUCUUCCUUCCCCCUUCCUUGGGCCCCAAGUCUUAGCCCAGAGGGAGACCUGGCUCUCCCACCUUUGACCUGUGGCCUUCCUCCCCAGCUAUUCCUUCUCACCAUCUCCAUCUUCCUGGGGCUGGGCCAGCCCAGGAACCCCAAGGGCAAGAGGAAGGGGCAAGGGCGGCCUGGGACCCUGGCCCCUGGACCUCACCAGGUGCCGCUGGACCUGGUGUCCCGGGCAAAGCCAUAUGCCCGCAUGGAGGAAUAUGAGAGGAACCUGGGGGAGAUGGUGGCCCAGCUGAGGAACAGCUCCGAGCCGGCCAGGAGGAAGUGUGAGGUCAACCUGCAGCUGUGGCUGUCCAACAAGAGGAGCCUGUCGCCCUGGGGCUACAGCAUCAACCAUGACCCUAGCCGCAUUCCUGCAGACCUGCCGGAGGCGCGGUGCCUAUGUCUGGGCUGCGUGAACCCCUUCACCAUGCAGGAGGACCGUAGCAUGGUGAGCGUGCCUGUGUUCAGCCAGGUGCCUGUGCGUCGUCGCCUCUGCCCGCUGCCGCCACGCACCGGGCCCUGCCGCCAGCGCGCAGUCAUGGAGACCAUCGCUGUGGGCUGCACCUGCAUCUUCUGA